UCCUACACAGAUUAAAGAUGGCGCCCUCUCAUGCGCUGAGGUGUUGUAAACGGGUUUUAAACUGGGUACCUGUCUUGUUUAUAAACCUGGUUGUUGGUUGGUCUUACUACGCGUAUGUCGUGGAGCUUUGUGUCUAUACAAUCCCAAAUAAUGCAGAACGAAUCAGCUAUUUGGUCAUCUUUCACAUUUUCCUCUUCAUGUUUAUAUGGUCAUACUGGAAAACUAUCUGGUCCAAACCUGCUGGACCUUCGAAAGCGUUUGGUCUGCCCAGAGCUGAGAAGGAACUGUUUGAGAAAGAAGACAGAGCUGAGAUGCAGCAACAGAUUCUGAAGAAAGUGGCAAAGAAUUUACCAGUGUAUACAUGCACCGCAGGAGGAGCAAUCAGAUACUGUGACCACUGCCAAGUCAUCAAACCUGACCGCUGCCAUCACUGCUCCACCUGUGAGAUGUGUGUGCUGAAAAUGGAUCAUCACUGCCCCUGGGUCAAUAACUGUGUUGGAUUCUCAAACUACAAAUACUUUGUUCUGUUCUUGGCUUACGCUUCACUGUACUGUGUGGUCAUUUGUGCCACAGUCAUCCAGUAUUUCAUCAAAUUCUGGACUAAACAACUCCCUGACACCCACGCCAAAUUCCACAUCUUGUUUCUGUUCUUCGUGGCGUCUUUGUUCUUCAUCAGCAUCUUGUCACUCCUCAUCUACCAUCUGUGGCUCGUUGGAAAGAACAGGACCACAAUAGAGGCGUUUAGGGCUCCUGUCUUCACAAAUGGUCCUGACAAAAACGGGUUUUCUUUAGGCUUUAGUAAAAAUGUAGCUGAGGUCUUUGGUGACCAAGUAAAGUACUGGAUUUUUCCUGUUUUUUCAAGUCUGGGGGAUGGACAUUCCUUUGUUACCAGAUUAGUUCACAUAGAUCCUGAACAGGCUAACAAUAUCCUCCAGCAAAAUGGCAAAAGUUCGAGUCCUGUUGAGGGGGAGACCAACCCUGCUACACUUGGUAAUGAUGUGCAACACACAGCAGAGAACAGCAAAGACAAAAUCGAUGGAGGUCAUACUGUUUCUGUGACAGUGGAGAGUGAGCCAUAGUAAGUUAUUGAACAAUGCAUUAUAUAUAUAUAUAUAACUACUUUUCUGCUCUCUUUUUCUUAUUUGUACUUUGUCGUUGUUGCUGCAGGCACAUCAGUAAAGAGCUCAUCAGCCAUGAGGCCUUAAGGUAGCAUCAUCAGCACCUCCACAGGAGCUGUCAUCAUAAUUUGACUCUGCAGUCUCAUGUUAUGUGUGUUCAUGUACAUGAAAUGGACCAUUCUUCAUACUAUAAUGUUGUGUGCUAAUCACCAUGUAGACUGCACCAGUCUGAACCAGAGGGAGACAAAGGCUUUGUCUUUAUUAAAUUAGCCAAAGACAUUUAAAUUAUGUCUAUUUUUAUUAUUAUUGUUAUUAUUGCAUUUGAAAACCUCUGGGACUGAUUUCUCUUAGUAGCCAUUUUUUUUUAUUUUCAUGGAUUAAUCCUGUUUUAAGUUUAAACCAAAAAAUCAUUGUUUACCAGUAUUAAUGAAGCACUGAUAUCUAAGCCAAGCUGUGAAUUUGUUUUAGAGCAGCAGGAGCCACACAUGUAAGAUUUUUCUUUGUUAAGACUAAAAGGCAUUUGAAGAGUAAAAACUGUUGACAGUAUGUAUCAGGGUUUUACUUUAUGUUCAGGGCUUGGCACAAUGCAAUAAGGAGUCAAGCAGCUAAUUUGAAGAUCAGUGAAGGUCUUUGUGUUUACACUUUUUCAGAUAUUUAUUUUUUUCAUUUCCAAUUUUGUACAGGUUAUAUAAGCUCAAAAUGUGUGGACCAAAUCCAGUUUACGGUCUGUAUAGUUUAUAUUAAUCCAAAUAAUAAAUAAAUACACAAAAGAAAAAUCACAUGUAAUGCAGAGUGAGUAUCACUAAGAUUGUCAAUGUUGUAAAUGUAAAAUUGUAAAUGUUAUAUUUGUUCAGGUUUUAUAAUUUUAUUUCCAUGUCUGUUGAUUUUAUGUUUAAUUUAUUCUGCUUUUUAAAGAAUUACUGUAGUAUAGAUUUCCUUGGUUUAUUCCAGAGGGUUAAAGUCCAGCUAAUGCUCAUUCCUUUGCUUUGCAUUUGUUUAAACUGAGUUAUGAGUGUUAAUGCCAUGAAUAAAAUGUGUCCAGGGUUCACAUCUUGUCCUUGUCUAUGAAUAUAAGUUUAAGCAAAAGCACACCGUGACAUAACAAUAAAACCAUCUGUUUGAAAGGUCAGGGACAUUGAUGAUGUCACUUUUGUAUGAAGGACAGACUCAUGCAUCAUAUUUUUUUUAUUUCCACUCAUAGAUGAUAACAUAGAUAUUACAGACUGAAUGGUAGCCUGUGUGAACUUGGCUUAAUGCACUCCUAACAAGAGCUGUUGUUGUGUUUGAGUGUGUAUGUAACUGCUUUCUUAUUGAGAACGUGACCUCUGACUGUUCUGUAACAAUAAAUUUAAUGUGAAAAACGUA